ACUCUUGGGAAAGAUUCUUGUGUCUUCAAGACUAAUCCGUAUUAACACAACUCGUAAAAGUUUGGUUAUUACAUUAAAUUCUAAAAUCUUAAAAUUUUUUUCAACAUAAAUUUUAUAAAGUUAUUGUCGCUUCUAAAAGUGCUUAAUAAAUCGGACCUAUGAAAAACAGACUAGGAAUUGAGUUUGUUGCUAGUGAGCGGUACGCGGGCGAGCUGACUGUGGAAACGGUGGGGCCACAAACACCAAAAACGACACAACGAAGGGAUUCCAUGGCGCCCAAAAUUAUAGUAUGUCCGCCUGUUGAAGAAAUUAAUCAACAAACAACUCCGAAACGCGGUACGAGAUUACUAAAAGCUAUCAGCAAGCGUUUGUCUAGAAGAUCAACAGACGGCGACUCCUUGGGCAGUUCGAGCAGUAACGACAGCAUGUCUUGUGAAACUGGUCGCUUGGACGAUCCGUCAUCAUGUUCAGCCAGUGAUUCCAGCAGCGACGACUCCGAGCGUCACCGCCGUCAUCGUUCCACCGUGUCAUUGCGGAAAGUUUUCCAAAAUUUGAACCUUAGUCGCUCCCAAUCCUGUUCACCAACAGAUCGCCAGAGACAGCCGAAAAAGCAAUCCCAGCCAAAACGCAUACUGCGACCACCAGUCACUUACACAUACGUUAGAGGUCUAUCCGGCUUACCCACACAGAGAGUACCGAGAUACCCGGUUUACUGCGCUUCUUCGGGUUUAAACCGAUAAAAAGCGUUAUCCCUAUCCAUUCGGAUGACAUUUCGGAGUAUACAAGACUGUUUAAAUCUAGGAAGUUAGAAGAAUAAGAGAAUGGUCAGUUACGUCAUAUCACUAGAAACAAGAAAAUUCAGGACCCGAUAAGAAAAAACGACGUUGUCUUCAUGAAGGACCAAAUCCGAGGCGAUGGUGGAAAUAUUUUAAAUAAGCGUCUUUUAAGCUUAAUGACCAUUGCUAGUUGUUAUCACUAUUUAAGGAAAUGUGAAGACUGUUCUGAUGAUACGAUUGUACUGAAAUGAAGUGUUUUUUCUACAAGUUCCAAUAAUUUAUUUCUAAUAUCCAAAAUGCACAUAACUUUAGUCACGAAACUUAAACGUCUUAGAAUGCGUAUGAAUGGAACAGUAUGGUGUGACACCAAAUUUCAUCUAUAUAUUAUGUAUUGUGCCUUCUCAAAAAUAUCCAUUUGUAACAAAUAUUUGCCUAAGAUUUUAUCUUCAGAGUAUUAGAGUACAGUAUUAUUUUAUCCUAAAUAAAAUAAACAUAAAAA